AGGGGCACAAAUGUGGCUUGCAUACCAAGAUCCUUUGUGAGUUGUCUAGGGGCAUGGAGUCAUUCCAUUAUUUCACCAAACUGUUUCAGGUCCAGAAGAGGUUGGUGUUAAAUUAGGAAAGCAGCCCAAAGGACUGAAAACGGUCCCUGGUCAUGGGCAUUAGCCUAAUAAAAAUCAGCCUCAUAUACCCUAGGGAAGCGCUUCUUAAACUGUGUGUCCCAACCCAAAUGGGGUCCCCUUAGCUCAGUGUUGGGGUCACAAAAAUUGGCAGCAGUAAAUAUUUUCUGAAUGCCAUCUAUUGUAUGUUUUAUAUGUUUACACAAACCUGUUUUGCAGUGUUUAUAGUGGACUCUGCAGAAGAUGAUUCAGCUGUGCUUCAUAAAAAAGGAAAAUCAACCUGCUUAGCACGGCUUGCAAAUGGAUGAUUUGUCAACAAUACAUGUUUGAUUUGUAUACCUAUUUUAUAUACUUAUAUACCUGAGGCAAUGUAAAAAUUUCUCUGGCUAAGAGUGGAAAAAUUUAAGAAGUCCCGCCUUAGAGGAUAAAAGAGAAUUGGGGGUUCAAAUACUUUUUUAAAACCAGGUUGGUGACAAAAACAAUGCCUCAGUUUACUGGUUUGGGGGAAAAAAUUCACAGGCAUUAAUAUUCUGCAAACUCUUGCAAGCUAAUUAAUUCAAAGUGAUUUUGAAUAGGAAAAGAAGUCGAUAACUAGCUGAUUUUAAAGCAAAAACGAAUCCUUAUUAAGAAGACAGAAAAAAGCAACUGUAGAAACCCAACCGAAUAGUCUUCGAUAUAAGGGUAUUUCCAAAGGAAAAAGACAUAUUGAAAAUGCUAUUCCUGAAGCCUCUGAAGGCAUAUCUUGAAUGCUGUUUCAUUUGGAGAAUUGCCGGAUCAGCUCCAUGGUUGCUACAUGACACAUGGACCUGUUCUGGUAGUGACACAACUUUGAUCCAUAGUUACUUGAAGAUGCUGGAUAAACAAGAGCUUUCCCUUUUGGGAAGCAGCACAGUUGAUUAGAUAUCAUUCUGCUUUCCCCAGGAUAAUGGGAAAAUGUAUCAUUGUAUGUCACCCGAAUGUCAUCACUCCAGACUCCAAACAGUGUACAACAACCAUUUUCAUGCCCAGUGGGCACAAGAAACACCAAAUCAACAAUGUAAGCUAUCCUGUUUGUGUACAGUUUCCAUCAUGGCUGGAGAAAUUGUUUAUGCUGAUCUCAACAUCCCUCCUGAAACUCCCUCCUCAAGGACAUUCCACCCCUCUCAGCAGUCCUAUGCUUCUCAAUCACCCCGCUGGCAAAAGAUCACUCUAUGCAUUGCAUGCAUUGGAAACGUUAUCCUGUUGGCGGCUCUGGUAGCCUUAGUUUUGCAGAGACAGGCUGAGAAAGAUGGAGGCAUGACAAAAUACAACACCUCCCUGGCCAACUUUACAUCUCACCUAAGAAGCAAGCUCUGCAAUACAAUCCAGGAAAACUCCCCAGCGAAUUCCUCCUGUCAAGUGUGCCCUGCUUAUUGGCAUCUUCACAUGAGCAAGUGCUAUUGGUGGCCCUCAAACAAUUUUAUUAAAAACUGGAAUGACAGCAGAGAUGACUGUGCAGCAAGGGAUGCCAGACUCUUGAUCAUCCAAGACAAGGACAUGUUGGAUUUCAUAACAAAAUUCACUGAGGAUAAACAUUUCCCAUACUGGAUUGGACUGUCUUUAUCACAGCCAGAGAACAAAUGGAUGUGGACUACAGGCUCCCAAAUGGACAGGAAUAUAACCCAAGAACCAAACCAUGAUGAAGGACAAUAUUGUGGAGCAAUAAGGAAUAGCAAAAUCAUAUCUGACAUCUGCAGUGUUGAAUUCAGAUGGAUUUGUCAGAAGGACACAGUUUUGAUAUGAUGUUGUAAUUUAAUUCAUAGCAUAAUUAUGUUGUUAAUAAUAAUUUCGUUCUUUGAUGGAAACGCAACACACAAAUAAAAACACACAUAGAAUGCAUAUGUGUUUCUAUAAUAAUCA